GAGGAGGAGGAGGGAGUAUUCUUUGGGUAAGGGUUAGCUAACAAGGUGAUGCGAGGUGGGAAUCUAGAGUGGACGAACCCUCCUUUGAGGUUGCGAGGCGGUAGAGGCCUUUGGCUAGGUGGUACAUUUUGCCUCUUUCGUUUCCUGUGUUUUUGACGUCGACUCUUGUUUUACUUUUGUCAGUUAUGUCGUGUCGCGUAUGCUGCACGCAAGGGUCUGGGGUUCGUGGCUGUCAACAGUUCAUGUGGAGGGGUUGACACAAGUCUGGGGAAAAGUUGGAGAACGCCCCCAAGGGUCAGGGUUGUACGGGAAAGCACCUCUUAGCGUCUCCCCUUCAACGGUCUUGGCAUUAGAUCCUCCUUACCUAACCCUUACCUAACCCUUAAUAUCGCUUCCCCAACCCCACCGUUCCCCGUCCCAAUCGAUAUCACUUACAUCACCACACACUCCUCCCCCAAAUCUCACCCUCACCUUCACUUUCGUCAAGCUAACUAUCUCUCCAAAUACCCCAAACUAGAAAAUGAACCACCGCAUCACCACAACAGCCCUCCGCCUGAGACCAUCCCCAUUCUUCCUGACAAGACCCAGACUCCUCAGCACAACAACCCCCAAAAUGUCCAACAACCUCCCCACCCCCUCCUCCUGCUACGCAGACUUCUGCCUCAUCCCCAUCGGCACCCCCACGCCCUCGGUCGCAAAAGAAGUUGCCUCGGUCCAGUCCCUGAUCAGGGACUCGGGCAUAAAACACACAAUGCACUCCGCCGGCACCACCCUCGAGGGCUCCUGGGACGACGUCUUUAGAGUCAUCGGCCAGGCCCACUCCCUUGUCCACCAGAGCGGCAUCGUGCGCGUCCAGACUAGUUUGAGGGUUGGGACGAGAACGGAUAAGAAGCAGACUGCAGAGGAAAAGGUCAAACGAGUGGAGGAUAUUCUCGCUGCUGGGAAGGAGUAACGGACCACAAGUGUGGGAUGUGAUGGUGAAGAGAACUGUAUUGUUGUUGAAAUGAAGAAACGACCUCAAACACUAGCAAGCCAACGAUUAUGGAGUAAAGUGGCUCUCUUGUAUGCUUUAAAUGUCGACCAUCAUGAUAAACCUCCUCUAAUCUUCCCAAACAACAAAAAGGGGUUAUGUGUCUCU